GUACCUGUUCAGGUGGACUAGGACGACUCGUUAGAAGAACCAUCAUGGCACUCCAAUGGGUGAAGCCGUGGAUCGCUCUGGUCUUCGGACUAUCUGCUGCACAUUCUGAGACUGUUAUGAUUCCAGACAUGACUUCCAUUGGGAGUCUAUAUGAUUCCAAACUGCAAAUCGUAUCAGCAGGAGUGAGUCCCACUCAUAACGGGCAGGUCUGCAGCACAUGGGGUAACUACCACUACAAAACCUACGAUGGAGACCUCUUCCAGCUGCCCUACACCUGUAACUACGUGCUGUCGUCGUUGUGUAAGAGCAGCAGCGGCUACGAGGCCUUUAACAUUCAGCUGCAGCGCGGGGAGGUAGAUGGGCUGCCCACCAUCACCAAGGUUUCUUUGAAGCUGGAUGGAACCUUCGUGGAGCUGGCCAACGGUAACGUCAGCGUCAACGGAUUACAGGUCACCAUACCGUUUGGUCAGUUUAAUUUCUUCAUUGAGAGGACCGUUUCCUAUGUGAAGAUCACAGCCAAGCUGGGGUUAGUCAUCAUGUGGAAUGAAGAUGAUUCCCUCUGGGUGGAGCUGGACUCAAAGUUCCAGAAUCAGACAUGUGGGCUGUGUGGAGACUUCAACGGAGUCCAGAACGAGUUCAAUAGGAAUGAUGAUUAUCUGAAGACAAUCGACUAUGCUGAUAUUUGGAAGAUGAAUGGCCCAACAGAAACCUGUACAGAAAUCCCUGUUCACACUGAGCAGUGUGAAGACCAGACCAAACUUUGUGAGCAGCUUCUCACCAGUCUUGCCUUCAGUAGCUGUAAGGACCUGAUUGCCACAGACUCCUUCAUCAAGGCCUGUGCAGAAGACAUGUGUCACUGUGGCAACAGCAGCAGCAGUGUCACCUGCGCCUGUCCCACCAUGUCAGAGUACUCCCGCCAGUGUGCUCACGCAGGGGGGAAACCCCAGGAGUGGAAGACCGACCAGUUCUGCUUGGAGACGUGUCCUUUAAGCAUGCAGUACCAGGAGUGUGGUAGUCCCUGCACUGAUACCUGCUCCAACCCAAAGAGGAACCAGCAUUGUGAGGAACACUGCACCGACGGAUGCUUCUGCCCUGCUGGAACCGUGUUUGAUGACAUCACUCAGACUGGCUGUGUAGCUGUGAACCAGUGCUCUUGUCUCCACAACGGACAAUCUUACCAGCCUGGACAAUCAUUCUCAAGAACAUGCCAUGAAUGUACCUGUAUACAAGGCCAGUGGAGUUGUAUGGAUCUAGAUUGCCCUGCUACCUGCUCCAUAGUGGGAGGUUCCCACAUCACCACCUAUGAUGGGAAAGCCUACACCUUCCAUGGAGACUGCUCAUAUGUCCUGUCCAAGCAAACCAACGAGACUGCUUUCACAGUCCUGGGUGACAUAGUGAAAUGUGGGAAGACGGACAUUGAGACCUGCCUAAGAUCUGUAACCCUGGUCACACCAGAGUCCACGAUGAUUGUCAUCGAGGCCAGUGGAAGGGUCUUUGUCAACAAGAUGUUUUCUCAGAUGCCGCUUUUCAUGGCGGAUGUAAGGAUCUUUCAGCCCUCUACGUUCUACAUCGUUGUGCAUACCUCUUAUGGGCUCCGUCUAGAGGUCCAGCUAACACCUAUAAUGCAGGUCUACAUCGUAGCUAGCAGUUCACACAAAGAAAAAACCCAGGGUCUUUGUGGAGACUUUAACAGCUUCCACACUGACGACUUCAGAACCAUCAAUGGACUGGUGGAAGGAACCGCUGUGACAUUCGCCGACACGUGGAAGACCAAAGCAAGCUGUCCUGAUGUGGCACAGAGCUUUGAGAUCCCAUGCAGUCUGAGUGUAGAGAACGAGAGAUAUGCCAAGCACUGGUGCUUGAUGCUGUCAGAUCGUGAAGGAAUAUUUUCCCAAUGCCACACCGAGAUCAACCCAAAUUACUACAUGGAAAUCUGCCUAUAUGACAGUUGUAACUGUGAGAGGAGUGAGGAGUGCAUGUGUGCUGCGGUCUCCUCCUACGUCCAUGCAUGUGCUGCUGCAGGCGUCCUGCUCAGUGGAUGGAGAAACACCACCUGUGGGAAGUACUCCUCCAGCUGCCCUGACACGAUGGUCUAUGACUACACGAUGACCAGCUGUGACCGUACCUGUCGUUCACUGAGCCAGACAGACUUCACCUGCCAGUUAGACCAUGUGUCUGUGGACGGCUGUGGCUGUGCCGAGGGAACCUACCUGAACGACCAGGGAGAGUGUGUCCCUGCCUCACGCUGCUCCUGCUACAAUGGAGGCACAGUAGUGCCCCCUGGAGAGGUCACCAGGAUCUAUGGGGCUACAUGCUCUUGCAGACAAGGGAAAUUAAGCUGUACUGGAGAACCACAACAUUUAUCCUGUGAAGAACCAAUGGGUUUCUUCAACUGUUCUAGUGCAGGGCCCGGAGCCAAGGGCUCAGAGUGCCAGAAGAGCUGUCAAACACUAGACAGUCACUGUAUCAGUGCAGAGUGUGUGUCAGGCUGUGUAUGUCCUGAUGGUCUGCUGUCUGAUGGAAACGGAGGAUGCAUCAAGGAAGAUCUAUGUCCCUGUUCUCACAAUGGAGUCUAUUACCAACCUGGACAUGUGCUCAAAGUAGACUGCAAUACCUGCACUUGCGAAGGCAGAAAAUGGCAGUGUACCAAUAAGCAGUGUGAUGGGAUGUGUGCCAUAUAUGGAGAUGGGCAUUUCAUCACUUUUGAUGAGGAAAGGUUCACUUUCAAUGGAGAUUGUGAAUACAUUCUUACUCAGGACUACUGCAGCAACAAUCCAAACGGUACCUUUAGAGUGAUCACAGAGAACAUUCCCUGUGGAACCACCGGCACCACCUGUUCCAAGGCCAUCAAGCUCUUCUUGGGGAGCAAUGAGAUCAUACUAGCAGAUGAAUCUGUAAAAGUGAUCAAACAAGAGAACGGGGUUGACCUACCAUACCAGGUCCACUCUAUCGGUCUCUAUGUUGUUGUUGAGGUUGAAAAUGGCCUGAUCCUCAUGUGGGACAAGAAGAAUAGCCUGUUCAUCAAACUCAGCUCUACCUUCCAGGGCCAAGUGUGUGGUCUGUGUGGAAACUACGACGGUAAUGGAAAGAACGACUUCACGUCCAGAAACCAGGAAGUGGUUGUUGAAGCUCUGGAGUUUGGGAACAGCUGGAAAGUGUCACCCAGUUGCCCCAACGCUGAUGUCAUAAAAAACCCAUGCACUUUAAGAUCAUACAGGCAGUCCUGGUCUCUGAAACGCUGCAGCAUCAUCACCAGUAACGUUUUCUCAGCCUGCCACUCACAGGUGGACCCCACGCCAUUCCAUGAUGCCUGUGUGAGGGACUCGUGUGCCUGUGACACUGGGGGAGACUGCGAGUGUUUCUGUACAGCUGUAGCAGCCUACGCCCAGGCCUGUAACGAGGCAGGGGCUUGUAUCAAGUGGAGAACACCAGAUAUCUGCCCUCUGUUCUGUGAUUUCUACAACCCUAUUGGUGAGUGUGAGUGGCAUUAUAAUCCGUGUGGAUACCCCUGUAUGAAGACCUGCAAGAAUCCCUCAGGAACAUGCUCCAGUCAGAUCCCUGCACUGGAAGGUUGCUAUCCAAAAUGUCCUUCGGCCCAGCCUUAUUUGGAAGAAAGUACCAUGAAGUGUGUCAGUAAGAAGGACUGUGGUUGCUACGAUGGAGAUGGAACUCAUUACAACGAUGGAGAGGUUAUACCUUCCAAAGAGAACUGUCAGACAUGUCGUUGCUCAUCAACUGAGGUCAGAUGCAGCUAUGAUGUCCAAGCUUGCUAUUGUUUAUACGACGGCAGAACAUACCCGUAUGGAGUGACCAUAUAUCACACAACUGAUGGUGAUGGGACCUGUAUCACUGCCACCUGCAAAGAGAACGGAACUAUUGUCCGGAUUAUGAACCCCUGUCCCAGCACCCCAAUUCCAACACCUACACCAAGUGUUGCAACAACACAGAUACUCACUCAAGCACCGACCACAUUUGUUUUCUCUACUCCUGCCAUUACCCCAACAACAACCCCUACAUCUACCCCAACAACAACCCCUACCUCUACCCCAACAACAACUUCUACCACUACCACAACCAUAACCCCUACCCCUACCCACACAACAACCAUGACACUGACUACAACCCUUUCUACUACCCACACAACAACCCCUACAUCACCAACACCCACUUCACCCACUACUACUCCACACUGCCUGACCAAGACUGUCUGUGAUUGGUCAGACUGGAUUAGCAAACACUAUCCCUCCUUUGGACCAGAAGAAGGAGAUUUUGAAACCAUAGAAAAUAUAAGGAAAUCUGGUAUUGAUAUUUGUAGCCAACCGAAGGAAGUAGAAUGCAGAGCCAAAGACAACAUCCAUGUUCCUUUGGCCGAACUCGGUCAAAAUGUUGAAUGCAAUCCCUCAGUUGGACUGAUAUGCCGCAACAAGGAUCAAGGCAUCCCACCAAUAUGCUACAACUACGAGAUAAGAGUCAGAUGUUGUAUUGAUGUUGUUGAUGUUUGUAGCAAUGGGACAACUACCACCUCAGUCAGGCCCACAACAACCAUUACAACAACUACCCCAACAACAACAACAACAGAAAGUCCAACACCAACAAUUACCCCAACAACAACAACACCAACAGAAAGUCCAAGAUCAACAACAACAACUAUGUCAACAAAAUAUUCCACCACAAGUGAAAAAACAGAGGAAAUUACAACUGGUCCAGAACCAACAACAACGACAACAACCCUUACUCUGACAACAACCCCUUCCACUAUGCCCACAACAACCCCGACAUCACCAACACCCACUUCACCCACUACUACUCCACACUGCCUGACCAAGACUGUCUGUGAAUGGUCAGACUGGAUUAGCAAACACUAUCCCUCCUUUGGACCAGAAGAAGGAGAUUUUGAAACCAUAGAAAAUAUAAGGAAAUCUGGUAUUGAUAUUUGUAGCCAACCUAAGGAUGUAGAAUGCAGAGCCAAAGACAACAUCCAUGUUCCUUUGGCCGAACUAGGUCAAAAUGUUGAAUGCAACCCCUCAGUUGGACUGAUAUGCCGCAACAAGGAUCAAGGCAUCCCACCAAUAUGCUACAACUACGAGAUCAGAGUCAGAUGUUGUGUUGAUGUUUGUAGCAAUGAGACACCUACCACUUCAGAAAGGCACACAACAACCAUUAUAACAUCAACAACUACCACAGCAACAACAACAACAACAACAACUGCUACCACUACCCCAACAUCAGAACCAACCACUACCCCAACAACUUCCACAACUACCCCAACAACAAAACCUACCACUACACCAACAACAAAACCUUCCACUACCCCACCAACUACUACAACUACUUCAACAUCUAAACCUACCACUACCCCAACAUCUACUACAACUACUUCAACGACAAAACCUUCCACUACCCCAACAACUACUGCAACUACUUCAACAACACUGACUACAACUACUUCAACAACUAAACCUACCACUACCCCAACAACUACCACAACUACAACUCCUGCCACUACCCCAACAACUACUACAGAUAAUUCAACAACUACUCCUACCACUACCCCAACAACAAAUCCUACCACUACCCCAACAACUACUUCAGCUGCUUCAACAACCACUCCUAACUCUACCCCAACAACAAAUCCUACCACUACCCCAACAACAAAUCCUACCACUACCCCAACAACAACUCCUACCACUACCCCAACAACAACUCCUACCACUACCCCAACAAUAACUCCUACCUCUACCCCAACAACAACUCCUACCUCUACCCCAACAACAACUCCUACCUCUACCCUAACAACAACUCCUAACUCUACCCCAACAACAACUCCUACCACUACACCAACAACAACUCCUACCUCUACCCCAACAACCACUCCUACCAGUACCCCAACAACAACUCCUACCACUAUCCCCACAAUAAAACCUUCCACUACCCCAACAACAACUCCUACCACUACCCCAACAACAACUCCUACCACUACCCCAACAACAACUCCUACCUCUACCCCAAAAACAACUCCUACCUCUACCCUAACAACAAUUCCUACCUCUACCCCAACAACAACUCCUACCACUACACUAACAACAACUCCUACCACUAUCCCCACAAUAAAACCUACCACUAACCCAACAACAACUUUUACCACAACCCCAACGACCACCCCAACCACAAAUCCUACCACAUUAUGUUUUUGCACAUACGAAAAACAACAUUUCCCUGCUGCUACAGUCAGCACUGUCUCAGCUACAGUCAGCACUGUCUCAGCUACAGUCAGCACUGUCUCAACUCCAGUCAGCACUGUCUCAACAACAACAGAAGCUACACAUUCUACAACAUCUACAUUGUCCUCGACUACACCCUCCUCGGGCUGUGAAUAUGUCAUUCCACCAAGAAAGGAUGGAGAGACUUGGAAGACAGACAACUGCACUACUCAGACUUGCCACAGGGGUGUAAUAACCACGACGUUUGUGGUCUGUGAGUCAGUUGAAAAGCCUGUGUGUGAAAAUGGAUACCCACCAGUGAAAGUCUAUGACGAAUCAGGUUGCUGCUAUCACUACGAAUGUGAAUGUAUAUGCUAUGGAUGGGGAGACCCUCAUUACGUCACAUUUGAUGGCCAAUAUUACAGUUUCCAGGAAAACUGCACCUACGUUUUGAUUAAAGAAAUAGUUCCUCUACAGAACUUCAGUGUCAACAUCGACAACUAUAACUGCGAUCCGUCUGGACAUGCGACCUGCCCUCAGUCUCUGAUUGUCUAUUACAAGUCUUACAAAAUCGUUCUUACUCCGAAGAGAUUAAACGUGACAACAAAUAUGGUUUACAUCAAUGGAAAUCAGAUCUUCCCAACCUUUUCUAAUGAAGACCUCAUGAUCACCAGCACUGGGGUAGAGUUACUGUUGAAGAUCCCUGCCAUUAAAGCAACAGUGAUGUUUAAGUCCCUUAUGUUCAGUGUGACCCUGCCAAACUCCCUAUUCCACAACAACACAGAGGGGCAGUGUGGUACCUGUGACAAUAUCAGGAAAAACGAUUGCAGAUUACCGAAUGGAAAGAUUGACCCAUCAUGUCCUGGGAUGGCUCAUGAAUGGAAGAUUCCUGAUGUUAAAAAACCCUACUGUGAACGGCAACCCCCUACCCCACCCCCUACCCUACCUACCCCACCUACCCUACCUACCCCUAAGCCUCCAACCUGCCCGUCAGGAAAGACAUCAAUCUGUGACAUCAUACUUAGCCCGGUCUUUAAGCAAUGCCAUGACGUUAUCCCACAACAACCCUUCUUCGAGGCCUGUAAGUUUGAUGUCUGCCUCAUGCCAAAUAUCUCAGUCGGCUGCUCCAGCCUGGAAGCCUACGCUGUUAGGUGUGCAGCAGCUGGAGUCUGUAUCGACUGGAGGACAUCAACUAAUGGAACAUGUGAACUGACAUGCCCUAAGACCAAAGUGUAUAAGGCAUGUGGCUCUACUAUCCAGCCAACAUGCAAUUCAAGAUACAAUGACAAAUAUGUGCAUUCAUGUCAGGGAGCACAAAUGACCCGUGACUUUGUAUGUGACUCAUUCAUGGAGGGCUGUUUCUGCCCUGAGGGUACCAUCUUGUUCAACACAUUCUCUGACACCUGUGAUGCACAGGACCUGAUGGAAAACCCAAACAGUCCUCGUCUUAAUAAAUUUGAAGUCUCUGCUAACAGUGUUUGUUUUGUCCCAACACAGUUUGGUGAGACUUGGUACAGUAACUGCCAGAAGUGCACGUGUAAUGCUGACACACUGAGUGUCCAGUGUGAACCAGUGAAAUGUCCACCCCAAGAAAUUGUUACCUGUAAGAAGUACGGUGAGGUGUUGGUCAACAAGACGGUGGACUGCUGUCAGAUAAAUACAUGUGUGCCCAAACCUGUUUGUGUCCACAACAAUACUGAAUACACGCUUGGGGAGUUUUGGUCGCCCCCUAGUGACCGCUGUGUGAAGUGUGAAUGCACGAAGACAAACAGCCAGUUCAUCGUUCUGGAAUCCAAAUUGGAAUGCCCAGUGUUCCGUCCAGAGGACUGUGUCCCUGGAACUGAGAAAACUGAUGCAAAUGGAUGUUGCACAACCUGCACUUUAAGCAGUCACUGUGAUGUGAAGAACACCACCACCUACCUCGAGGUGAAUAACUGCAGGUCCUCUGUGCCAGUGGAAAUCUCAGCCUGCCGGGGAUCCUGUGGAACGUCUUCUAUAUACUCUGCAGAGAAAAACACCCUGAUGCACUCCUGCUCCUGCUGUCAAGAGAUGUCUACCAGUGAGAGGAAGGUGGAGAUGGUCUGCCCAGAUGGGAAGAAGAUCAUGCAGUCCUACAUUUACAUUGAUAGGUGUGGCUGCCAUGACUCUGAGUGUGACAAGAAGAACCACUUAGAUUAGGCCUUGAUGAAUGAAGUCUUUUGAAGUGUUCUUAUUUACCUGCACGGAAUAUUCAAUAGUUUUAUCUAAAGGGAACCAAUAGGGUCUGUCUUAUUAUCAUAUAGGCUACUUUCAUGAACUGUAUGUUCUUUCUCUCUACACUAUCAUAGACAUUAUGCAAACCUAUUAAACUGAUGAAGAAGCAUGAA